UGUUUGAGUUCGAAGCAUUAAAUAGGGUAAAGAUAAUCAUUGGAUUUAGUCAGCAUGUGAGUGGAACUCAUGGAUAAGAUCAUGGUGGUGCAUGGACUUACCCUAUAUGAUCAGCAAAUUUUCAGAACCUUCGAUCACAAUUCUAACUCUUUCUCGCUUACCAAUCAACCUCUCUUCCUGUAACACCAACAGAAACACCAUUAAUCAUUCACAUUUCUUCCUCUCCUACUUCACAGACAGCAUGACCAUCCCUUCUGAUAUUGUGAUAUUCGAAAUACUCACAAGACUUCCCGUGAAAUCUCUACUCCGGUUCAGAUGCGUUUCCAAGCAAUGGCGCUCCGUAAUCACCGACCUAAACCUUCGUUGAUCAACACAGGAGCCGCUUCUUUACUCGGCCGGGCGGCACCACCAUCGUCCUCCCACUCCGAAGCCAAAAGUACAAGCAACCAAACAUCAUUUUCACCAUCCAACACCCACAACCUCCACUAUCACAUUCAGUACUCUGCAACCCCUCCACCAAGUCAACCUGCCUGAGUUCCGGUUUAAUUUCACCACCGAGUUCAUUAACAGCAUAAUCUGCUUGUAUGGGUCAUCUGCGUCUGCAAUCCAAGCACCAGAGUUUGACUCUUGUUCCUCCUUCGGCUUUGACCCUUCCACCAACACUUACACAAUUGUGAGGUCAUGGUAUCACUGCCAUGCCUCCCCUUGCAACCACUCCAUUUUCUUUCACUCUGGGCUCCAAUACAUGGAGGAGUCUCAAGGGUGGUCAUCCUCAUUUCAUUCAUACUCAAGGUGUGUGCAUCAAUGGAACUAUAUACGGGAAGAAUAAACCCUACAACUAUGGGCCAUUUGGGAUAGCGGCAUUUGAUGUUGGAGACAAGAGGUACCAAAUGAUUCAACUCCCCUUACCCCAUGAAGCCGACAUGAUGACUGAUCAUAUGGGUUCAGUUUUGAUACAAGUUGGUGAAGAUUUAGCCUUGGUGGACUAUGAGCAUCUAGUGAAAGGUAACAUUAUAACGAUGUGGGUGUUGCAGAUCAACCAUCAAGACAAGGUUUGGGCGGAGAAGAGAAUUGAGUUUCCAUCUCACUGGAGGGGAGUUCCAGAGGCAAAUACCUGCUUUCUCAUGAAGCCUAUGCUUGUUUUCACAGUCCAUACUGGGGAGAUUGUAUUGAUUCCAUCUGUAUUGUCUAAGAAUUUUGGUGUGUUUUACUAUGAUAUGGAGAAUAAAAGUUUAAGGGAAGUGAAAGUAUCUAGGUUACCAGACUAUGGGAUGACACACUAAUCCUCGAGCACUUUUUGCCC